GGGAAGGAGACGCUGCCCUUCCGCGGCCAUGGCGUGCGGCGGGGGGAGAGGGCGCCGACCAGGGCCGUGCGCCUCCCCCGCCACGGAGGAGGAUUGCCAGAUGAAGGCUGACCCCAGGACUCUGAGCCAGAUGUCAGAGAGGAAUUGGAUUUCUUUGUGAGCAUCUCGCGCAGCAUCCACAAGUGCCCUCCCCACACAUACCUUGUGGCUCCUCGAGGUGCUGAGAUCUUUGUGCAGACAUGGCAUUUAGAAGGACAGAAGGAAUGUCCAUCAUCCAGGCCUUGGCAAUGACCGUGGCAGAGAUCCCUGUGUUUGUUUACACGACGUUUGGGCAGUCUGUGUUCUCUCAGCUGCGGCUCUCUCCAGGCCUGCGUAAGGUGCUGUUUGCCACAGCUCUCGGGACAGUUGCCUUGGCUCUUGCAGCUCAUCAGCUGAAGCGGCGGCGGCGGCGAAAGAAGCAGAUUGCUCCAGACAAGUGUGGCUUUAAGCCUGGAGGGAUCACAGUGCCCAUCCUGCCAACCAGAAGGGUCUCCUCUGUGAAGAAAGGAUAUUCCAGCAAGAGAGUCCAGAGUCCUGGCAGCAAGAGCAAUGACACUCUCAGUGGGAUUUCCUCCAUCGAGCCCAGCAAACAUUCGAGUUCCUCUCACAGCCUUGCCUCGAUGGUAGCAGUCAACUCUUCAAGUCCAAUACCAGCAGGGAUGUGGGAGGCCCAGGCAAUGGGAGAUGCUGGAGCCAUUGGUGAUGCCAGUGCAGAAAGUCUCUAUGUUCAAGGCAUGGAGCUGUUUGAGGAGGCUCUGCAGAAGUGGGAGCAGGCACUUACCAUCAGGCAGAGGGACAGUGCUAGUACCAGCACCCCCCUUCCCUGGGACAGCAAGAAACAGCAAGAGAGCGUGUCUGAGAGCAUUCCAGAGGAGGAGUCCCAGAAAAGGGAGUUUGCUGAGAAGCUGGAGUCCCUCUUGCACCGAGCCUACCACCUCCAGGAAGAGUUUGGGUCUUCACUCCCAUCAGACAGCAUGCUGCUGGACCUGGAGAAGACUUUAAUGCUUCCCUUAACGGACGGGUCGCUGCGGCUUCGGACCGAUGAUGAAGACAGCUCCAUUUCUGAGGACUCCUUCUUCUCUGCAGCAGAGCUCUUUGACCCUCUCCACUUUGAGGAAAUACCAUUCCACCUCUCUAAGCCAGUAGCAGCAUAUGAAGAAGCUCUGCAGUUGGUGAAAGAAGGGAAGGUUGCGUGUCGGACGCUGAGGACAGAGCUCCUUGGCUGCUACAGUGACCAGGAUUUCCUUGCAAAGCUGCAUUGUGUCAGGCAAGCCUUCCAGGAGCUGCUGGAGGAUGAAAGCAAUCAACUGUUUUUUGGGGAGGUUGGGAAGCAAAUGGUGAUAGGACUGAUGACAAAAGCUGAAAAGAAUCCUAAAGCUUUUCUGGAAAGCUACGAGGAGAUGCUGCAUUAUGCACUGAAGCAAGAGACCUGGCCAACCACUCAGCAGGAGCUGGAGGGAAGAGGGGUGGUGUGUAUGAGUUUCUUUGAUAUUGUGCUGGAUUUUAUCCUCAUGGAUGCUUUUGAGGAUCUAGAGAACCCUCCCUCCUCCGUGCUGGCUGUGCUGCGCAACCGCUGGCUCUCCGACAGCUUCAAGGAGACGGCUCUAGCAACUGCCUGCUGGUCAGUUCUGAAAGCAAAAAGGAGGCUUCUGAUGGUACCAGAUGGUUUUAUCUCUCAUUUCUACUCCGUAUCGGAGCAUGUCAGUCCUGUUCUAGCCUUUGGUUUUCUGGGGCCCAAGCAGCAGCUGUCUGAAGUCUGCAGUUUUUUCAAGCACCAGAUAGUACAAUACCUGAAGGACAUGUUUGAUUUGGACAACGUGAGAUACACAACGGUGCAGUCACUGGCAGAAGACAUUUUGCAGCUGUCACGGCGGCGCAGCGAGAUCCUCUUGGGAUAUUUGGGCACUGAGGCUUCCCCUGAGAUGAAUGGCAUGCUUCCUGCUGACAGCGAGCCACUGAAGGAACUCAUCUGAUGGCAGGCAGGGGAGGAAAACAGUUUUGUACAAGGACCUUUUUUUCCUCCCAGAGAUGGAUAAAACUACGUGCAACACGCAGUGGUGGCAGCGAGGCUAUCUCAACACACAGCAACCUGGUGGGACCUUCUGCUUUUUUGUAGCCAGUAGUGUUUGCUGGGAUGGAUCCAGGACCACUUGCCAGCUUAUGGUUUGAAUUUCUUCUUUGUUCCACCUUCCUGUUCCUUGUAUUAUUAUUUUUAAUGUGUCAUAUAAACCACAAACUGCCUGGGCCCAGAUUUUUGCCCAGUUCUCUUGAAUAGGGCAACACACAUACUUGUUUUGCCUGUGUGUUUUCUGGGGGAUAAUCCCUGAUGUUUAUGAUUGUGUGUGGGAGUGGGAACAUCAUUGGCAAAUUCUCCACUUGACUCUUAGUCUCUCGAGGAGGCUUUGUUUGCUUUGGGACUUUUAUCAUGGUUCUUCUCUGCUGUGUUUCCACAGACAUUACUGCUGAUUUUUACCUUACAAAUGUGACUAGCAAAGAUUUAUUUCCCAGGGAGGAAGAAAUACUUCUGUAAAGCACUGAAGUAAAAUGCAGGCUUUUGUAACCAGGCUGAAGCUCUAAGGAAGUUGGUCUGUUCCCUCCGUGUUGCUGCUCUUUGCAGGCCAGAUGAAUGGUUUCUGUGCAGUGGUCGUCCUUGCGUAGGAAAUUGUGGAGGUCUGUGUUUGCCCUUGAGACAAGCUAGUGUGAGGAGGGGGUGAGUUUGCAUCCUGCCUGUAUAUGCACAAAGUCUUUAACAUCUAUCAAAGUGCCUUGCUGUAUUUCAGAAUGAGCCAGAAGCAGUUUUUGCUGGGUAGGAGGUGUGGGGUGUACACAAGCAGGGGGAACCUGUAUAGCGUGGUGCCUAUUUCUGUUAUGCACAAGGUAGUAGAGGUCUAGAUGUUGGAUGUGAUGUAUGAAAGGGGUUAGGUGUGCAGAUAGCUGGAGAGCUAGGAUCAAGCUGCUAGAGAGGAAAUAACUCUGCCAUUCCUGUCUAUCAUUCCUAAGAAACGUGGUGUAGUUUUUUGCAUGUGUGUGUGACCUUGUAGUGCUGGGAUGGGCUCCUCUCCAAGGAUGUGAUCCUGACUGCACAGCUAGCGUGUGAAUCUGGCUGCUCUGGGGCAUGUGCUGAGCUGGAACUAGGGGUAGCAUAGUGGCACUGGAGUUUGCUGGCCAUGAGGCAGUCAGUCCUGGCUUUUGUGUGAAGUUUGUAGUGAUUUGCUGAGUCCUCUGUUAGAGCAAUGCUACAGAUGAAGGUUGAGGGUCCAGCUUGUGCUUUCUCCUGUUUCAGUCCAUAUACAGCUGCAAGUCCCAGCCUCAGAAUGAGGUCUUGAGGGAGAAGAAAGGUAGGGUUUCAAUAGAAACAGGGGCUUCACUGGUUUGGGUUUUUUCUCUCUAGAUUGAUUAGUUAUCCCUUGUAUCUGUUCCACACAAAAGGCCUCAUUUAGCCACAUGUUUGCAAGGGCAGAAAAAUAUGUAAGAAUCUGGAGUUUCCAUAGGAGUGGGAAGUCAGUGCCUGGGCUUGGACACUGCAAAUAUCUUCUUUCUUCCUCUUCAGAUAUCCAAUGUGGAUUCUGCUGAUAAAAGCAGGAAGGAAGUAAACAGGGAACAAGUAACCAGAGGGAUGGAAAAGGAGAGAAAUGUUCCUGAGAUGCUUGCAGGAGAGUAAGUGUAGAGCACAUAACAUUUGUUGCUCUGUAAGCACAUCAGGCUGAUGUGGCUUACCCUGAAGACCAGAUUAAUGCAAUAAACAAGAUACUGCUGAGGCCAAAGUGAGGAGCAGCUGACCCAAGUGAGGCUGCAUGAAAUAAACUGCUAUGAGAAGGAUUUAAGAGGUAGUACUUGAAACUAGGAAAGAUCUCUGAGGUGUUUUGCUCCUGGCAGCAUGCAGGGAGAGAAGAAACAGAGGAUGUGGUAUUAGCACAACACACCUGCUAGAUGUAAACUGUGACUCAGAAGUCUGUUGUAUUCUGAAAGCAAGUUGCUUUGCCAAAAAACAAAAUGUUUAUAGUGCUUUGUGCUCUGGAAUGGCUGGUGUAGAAGAAAGAGUAACUUCAGCUUUGUAUAGUGGUUCAAAAGAUGCUAAAACGUGAAGAUUUAUGUAAUAAGAUGGAUUGUAAUUCUAAACAGUCAAUGCUGUUAAUUUCUCCUUUCACAGGGUUGCUUUAUGUGUAUUUAUUUACUACUUUUGAGUGUCUUUUGGCCUCAGUGUUUGGGGCAGCGUGCCUGCUUUGUGUGCAGACAAGAACUGACACAAGCCUUGAGACAAGGCUGCUGACUUUGGUCUCUUUGCAGCCUUGUGGGAGAGGAUAAUGAAACACAGUCCCCAGGAAGCAAACUACUAACUUGCACUGUAGCUUUUUAAGUGACAAAGUUGUAAAUUCCUAAUCAAUCAAAUGGAAGAAAGAUGGUUUUAUUACAGCUUUUUGCUUUUCCUUGGCUCUUAUUGCAAAUUAGGGGAUGCUGUCCUCGCAGUGAAGGUAAAGAGGAAUCUUCCUCAAGAAUAUCUGCAGCUUCUUAAAUGUUAAGUUCUCCCCCUCUGCCCACCAACACUAACUUGCUCCUGCACAAGGAGCUCUGCUGAGGCAAACUGAUUUUUCUCUUUACUGAGUAGCAUGUUAAACUUCUCUGCACACCCCCUCCAGGCUAUUUCAUUGCUGCUCUUCCCCCUUGAUCCCAAUGUAGCUUGAGAGGAAAGGCAGAGAAAGGUGUUGGCAGGCUCUGAGGAGUACUUGUUCAGAUCAGGGAGUUAAGAGGAGCUGUUCCUGUGGAAGAAGCUCUCCCUGACCUGAGAGGUGGUGGACAGUGACUUGCUGCAUUCAGCUCCUUUGGAUGCAACCCAGAGCGAGGACUCGGGCUGCUUGCACUGAUCCCAGGCAGAGCAGGGCUUGGUCCAAAUGGCAGCCACCUCACUCAUCUAUUUCACAGGGUAGAGUAAAAGGUUAUGAUUAAAUCUACCUGUUGGCUUUGUAAGAGAUUGCUAGCAAAUCCCUCAUUCCCCAGCAUAUUGUGUUUUAGCAGAGCAAAUUCAUCAGUAUUAGUAGCAGAUGAGAUAUGUAUUUGGGUAGAAUCUCUAGAGAUAAGAUAUUUGCCUUUUUUAUCGUGAACUCUUAUUCUCAAGGGGUUAAAUCAUUCUGGGCUGACACUUGCAAGAUUUUAACACAGAUGGAGAUUUAAAGUGGCUUAGCAGCUAUGAAAUAAAAUCCUUCAAUAGUUUCUGAGGCUUAAACAGAAUCUCAAAUGUGCAUGACACUCAGUUUUUAUGUGAAGGUUGUAACAAGCUUCACCAGUGGUUAAAGUAUGUACUUGGUACUUGAGUAUGUCUGUAGAUACUACACCAAAUGGCUCUAGGAGGGUCUUUAAUCUUUAAAGCACAAGUAUAUUAAUAAAAGAAAUAUGAGGAAAAAU